CUCUUAAUUUUUUUUCGCAUAUAAUCAUGAAGGUGCAAUCAUGGGGAAUACAAGAUUUUCAGUACUGAUGUGUUUCCAGUUACCUAUUUUACAUUAGCUCAAACUAUUAAGCCACUUUAUCUAACAUUAUAAAUGGUCAGGCCAGUAAUUGUUUAAAAUCCACGGAUAAUUUGAUAAUAAGCGCCUAAAUAUUGUCUAUAAUAAACAGUAGAAACAAAUUCAUAACAACAACAUUAUUGUGUCUCAGCACAAUUUCUCACUAUGAAAUAAAACCAUGUGUAUAAUUAAUGUAAUAAUAAAUGAUGUUGUCAUAAGUUAAUUAUUGAUUCAUGUACUUUUUACAGUGAGUUCUGCUGUGGUUUUGUUUGGAACUAUUUUUGUUGGCAAAAUAGAGCAAAACUUACAUUAUUAACAAUCACAAUCAAUUAACAAUUAAUAAAAUCAAUUUUACAUACAUUCAAGCGCAAUCUGGCAACACAGGUGAAGAGAAUGCUGGUGUAAAAUGUUCAAUUCUGUUUUUUUGUUUGUUUGUUUGUCUGUUUGUUUUUUCUUUUUCAUCAUUAGGUCCCUCAAAUUUGUCAGCAAAAAUUAUCUUUAUUCUAACACUCCACCACACACACACACACACACACACACAAAUAAAUAACAAAGGCACUUUUAAGAGACACGUCCGUCUUGUUAACCUGUACCCAUCAUCUGUACUCUCUUCAGCUCUCUUUCUCGCUCCCCUCUGUCUCUCUUUGUCCCCCCUCCCUGUUUAUUUGUUUUAUUUGUCCAUCUCUUUAUUGUGAGUCUUUCUGUCUGUUUGUUUUUCUGUCCAUCACUAUGUCCAUGAGUGAUUCAGAAAUCCAAGAAAAUCUAAUGGUCUUGGAUAACUUGGUUGAUCAUCAAGAACUGAAGGAUGAGCUCCAAAGUCUUGAGGACUUUCUUGGUGAGCUGCAAGAAGAGGAGGCGGCAGCAGCACCAGCAAAGACACCUGAGCCAAGGCAACCAAGGGUGCACUGGAGAAAAAGAGACGUGCAUGGAAAUAUUGUCUAUGCAAGGCCGAGAUCAAGCAGGGAUCAGUCAAAAAGGGCUGAUCACAUUCAGAACAUUGAUCCUCCCUUCAAUGCUCCUGACACUAACUGUGAGGUGGCCUUUGCUCCAGAGACUGUUGAGUGUUUUCUACAAGAUCUCCAGCACUCACUGAGCGAUUCCUCAGGUGAUGAGGCAUCACCUCUUGGAACCCCAAGAGAUCCUCUUCUGGCAUCCUCGAACUGAAGCAUAACAGAGUCUCUUUUCAGAGAGGUGGAGGGCAGAGAGACCCCGUCUGGUAAACACGGCUGCAGCAAAAGAAAGUGUGGCAACACACAUCUGCCAACAGUGUUGGAGCAGUCCAGCAGUUAUCCAGUGCAGUGACUGUCGACCACGCCCCUUCUUCUGUGCUGAAUGUGACAUCAGCAUGCACACCAGACAUGUCCUCCACAAUAGAGAUGCCAUGACUGCUGGAUUCUUCCAGCCAUUGCCUCCAACAACUGUCGUGGUGGAUAAAGCGCUUUCCCAAUGUGGUAAAUUUUGGUUUGUGUUUGUACAACAUAUGAGCUUAACUAUUCUGAAAAUGGGAUAAGUUUUAUUAUUUAAAUGAUCCCUUUUUUCUCUUUUUGUUUGAUCUUGAAUUUAUGUAGAUACUCUGUCAGUCGGGUUUUUGAGCAUAUCUUGUGUUCUUUUUCAGCAAUGUGCUUCAAUAACAUUGAUCCAUUACAAUCUUUUAUUACUCAGUCAAUACAAAUUAUGUAUCUAUUAUAUUAUUUUGUGAGGCAUACCAAGCCACUUGGAGUGCUGCAGUGGCCGACCUAAACAGCAGUGACUACUGGCCGGCAGCUCUUCAGUUUGCCACAAUUUAUACUACCGAUAUAUUUUUCUCAUUCGAGGAAAUGAAGAUGGUGGCACCAGGACUGUCCUGCCAAGCAUUUUUAAGAAUGCUGGAUCAGUGAACUUGUUCGCUUUGGUCGUAUCUGAGGAACAGGCCAUCUUUGAAGGCAUCUUUAUAGCCAAGGAUGAAGAUGUUACAAGAUUUGUGGACCACAUUCACAGCACAACCAAACAUGUUAAAGUGUAUAUGAUGAUAAAUAAAACUACAAUACUACAGUAACCUCUUACUGAAGAGUUUGUUUAGAAGAGUCUUGUUUUCAUUGACCAUUAUCCAUUGUAGGUCAGUGGGAGAGGUGUUUGGGGGGAGUGGUCAGCAGCCAGAGAGACCUCCCAAAGAUCUGCCAGCAAGGUAGAUGAAGAGGGAUUGGAGCUUGCGGUUUGUCGGCACGGAGUGCUGCUCUGUGCUUUAAAUAUGUACAGGGGUGACAUUUUUGCCUAUCCCCUGUACCUUCAAGAAAAGCUGGCCAGUAGGCAAGUCUUUUUGUAUGGAUGUGACCUGCAAAUAUUGGCCCUACCUGCAAAGAGUUGCAAAAAGCUGCCCAGAGCUCCAGCACCUCCUUAACAUGAGGCCAUUCCUUUCGGUAUUUCAUGCCAAAGCCCAUGAUUUUAAAUGUGAGGUGAAAUGGAGUGGGGCGUAUGAGGAUGGGGCUGGACUAACACUAGGGGAGGAGGUGGAACAGUGCAAUGCCUUCCUCUCUAGGAUUGCAGUGACGACAAAAGCAGGACGCACAGACAUGCUGACUCUCAUGGCCAUGCGCUGGAAUCAGCAAAAGUUCCGAAAUUUGGCAAUUUCACUGACUCGCCAAUAUCAGAAGACCAGAAAAGCUCUGCAAAGCCAGUUACGAAACCUAGAGUCCUUGAAAGCCCAAUUUGCAGUGACAGAGAGCCAAUUGGAAGACUGGGUCAGUGAUGUAAAGGAGUGGGCAGACGAUUCACCAUGUGGCUUAAGUGAAGAGGGUUUGAAAGGUCUGCAGAGCAUCAUCCUCAGAAAGCAACAAGUCAGAGAAAUGAAGGUGCAAGCAAGAGACUGUUACCUGCAAGUUUUGUCUGGAGAAGGCAACAUCAACUUUUUGUACAGUGCUUCAGCUGAUGAGUAUGACAGUGACUGUGAAAUGUCUGAUGACGGACUGUAAUCCACAAGACUGUGACACAUUUCAUCGUUCUGGACAAUGACCUUAACUCUGGAUAUAAAGAAUGUAAUAAAAUCUGCUUUUCAUCACCU